CAUCUAGACAACAAACCUAUGGAUGUGUAUAUAUACACAUAUACAUACAUAUCAGUCACCACUACUUGAAUCAUCUCCGCCGACAACCUUCUAGAAGAUUCCAUCAUCGUCGAUCGAACAACAUGGGUUACCACUCCCACAUCGGGGUCCUGGCCUUCCCGUUCGGCAGCCACGCGGCGCCGCUCCUGGCCCUCGUCAGGCAGCUGGCGGAGUCCAGUCCCGGGACCUGCUUCUCCUUCUUCAACACCGCCGACUGCAACCGAGCAAUCCUGGCCGACCACGUGUCCCCCAAUAUCAAGGCGUACGACGUGCGGGACGGCGCGCCGGAGGGCGCCGCCGCCGCCGCCAGCCAUAUGGAAGCCAUUAGAUUGUUCCUUGCAGCGUCGCCGGGGAACUUCGAGGCCGGCAUGGAGGAGGCGGAACGCGCCGCCGGCGUCGGCAUCGGAUGCCUGAUCACCGACGCGUUCCUGUGGUUCGCCGCCGAUUUGGCGGCGAACCGGCGGAUCCCGUGGGUGGCGCUCUGGACCGCCGCCGCGUGCGCACUGGCGACGCACAUGUACACUCAGGAAAUCGUGAAGGCUGUCGCCUCACCCGCGGAGGCCACCGGAGAAUCAAUUCAACAGGUUCUGUCAUUCACUCCUCCAGGCCUCCCGCCGCUGCAAAUCGCUGAUCUCCAGCCGGAAAUUUUCAUCGACGACCGGAAUCCGUCGCCGCUGGCCGCGACGAUCAACAACAUGGUCGAAAAACUCCCCAAAUCCACCGCCGUCGUCCUCAAUUCCUUCGAGGAAAUCGACCCUAUCGUCGCGCAAGACCUAAAAUCAAAAUUCAACCACUUCCUCAGCGUCGGCCCGGCGGCACUCCGCCGCCUGCCGCAGCCGCCGCCGGGCGACGAUUCCGGCUGCCUCUCCUGGCUGGAAAAGCUACCGACGCCGAGAUCGGCGAUCUACGUCAGCUUCGGGACGGUAAUCGUCCCGCCGGAGAAUGAGCUCCUCGCGCUCGCCGAAGCCCUAGAAUUUUGUAAAUUCCCAUUCCUCUGGUCUCUGAAGGAGGCGGCGGCGAAGGCUUUGCCGGAAGGAUUUCUCCGGCGGACGGCGGAGUACGGACGGGUGGUGCCGUGGGCGCCGCAGCCGUGGAUUCUCCGGCACGGAAGCGUAGGGUUGUUCGUCACUCACGGCGGCUGGAAUUCGAUUCUGGAGAGCAUCUGCGGCGGCGUUCCGAUGGUCUGCCGGCCGUUCUUCGGCGACCAGAAGCUGAACGGAAAAAUGGUGGAGGAUUCGUGGAAGAUUGGGGUUAGGGUUAGGGAUGGAGUUUUCAGGAAGGAUGAAACGGUUAGGGUUUUGCAGAGGAUGAUGUCAUCGAGGGAGGGAGAUGACGCCAGGGAGAAUGUUGUGAAGAUGAAGGAGAAAGCUGAAAAGGCAGUUGGAAAUGAUGGAAGUUCGACUAAGAAUUUCAAGAAAUUGUUGGAAAUAAUUGGCAUUUCCAAAUGAAUUUUUAUAUUGAAUUAGGGACACCCUUUCUAUUAAAUAAAUUAAUAAAGGUACAUGAAUUAAUUUUUUAUGUGAAUAUAAAAAAAUUGUGUUAAAAUUAUAAAAUAUAUUUAUUA